AUGCCUUCCAAGAGCGUCGAGUGCUCUCUCAACACGACAGAAUGCAUCCUCAAGACAGUAGUCAGCAUCCUCAGCGAGAUUCAAGAUGAGAACAACCAGUACAACUGGGACCCUCUCAGUUUCGCUGCCACGGCCGUCGUUGGCGUGAUUGCUCUCUUCUUUGCAGCAUUGACUAUUGGCCAGAGCUUCUUGGCAGCUGGACCGGGGCGAACCAAGUCCGGUGCCUAUGCCAUCGGCCCAUGGUCACGUCUCAAUGACGGCAAGUUUGACUGGAUUGAGAUGAGAUAUCGAACCGUCUCACGAACUCCGGUACUUCUUGCCAAAGCGAUAUUGGAACCAUCUUGGGAUCAAUUAAAUUCUCUCCGGCAUCAACGCAUUCACCAUGUCCCCCUCCCGAAAGAGCUAGUAGCCCUCGAAGAUCCCAAGUACCUCAAAAAGAGGCAUGACGAUUAUUUCCCAGCGACUUGGCUUGCCCUUCUAACAGCAAUGAAUUUGGACGAAACAAAACUAUGGGGAAGCAAGUCCACAGGAGCUGAUUAUAUACCAUCCGACUUGUCAAUAGUCCCAGCAUACAGUUCCAUACGAUUCAUUGUUACUCUCGCCAUCAUUUUUGCAAGAGGAUAUGCGCGCCUCAUCAUCGAUCCAGAAUCCAAACUUCCACGAGUGCAAGGCACCGGAUUCAACCUCACCUUUCGCCAACACCCGCUCUUGGGUGCCGUGGGUGUCUUUGAGAGAUACGAGGCCGAACUCUCGCCAACUUCUCAGGGCUUGGAUGAGGUGAAAUGGUUGAUAUUAUACGGCAAUGGAUAUAUGGAAGUCCCAAUGUUCGAAACGGAAGAAGCGAUAAAUCAACGAGAGUCGAUCAUGGUGACUUAUGCAAGGGAACUGGACUGGAACUAUGUUCACUUCGAACUGAGCAUGAUGUUUCUCAAGAGAGCUGAAGCAGAAUGUGUUUGCAAUGUCCAGAAAGCACCUCCCAGUCAGCGCUGUUGCGGGUUAUUGCCAUCAUCGUGGCCUUCAUCCUGCGAGCUCCUGCGGCAACUGCUCGAUCAAAACUUGAUUAACUUCAACAUCGCUAGAUGGGGUCCAUUGUAUCCUCUAAUAGCGGAUCGACCGUGUUUUCUACCGCUCUUAUUCCCCCGCACAAAGGCUCGGUUCCGCGACAAGCUAGAUACUCUGUUCCUACAUAGCCGAUUUUGGGCCAUGAAGACUUCAGCCUACCUGGAACUCUCUCCUGACCAACCUGGAGACUUUUCCAGAGAUCAGAGGUAUUUAUUGGCACAGGCAACUUCUUGGGCGACGACAGUAACCAAUGACCCGGUGACGGAGCUCGAGUUAAGCCCAACGGCUUGGGCACUGACGUCUGACUACCUUGCAAGACCAUUAUCCGCGGUCGAUGGUGAUCGUUUGGAGGAGGUGGCAGCAAAGACCGCACUCGAGUUUGAAAUUGUUGCGAUCGACGCUUGGCUCAAACAGGCAGGGCCCCUUGUUCUCUGCCGGCAGAUGACUCUAGGUAUCCUGGGUCACGCCAUACAAGAAGUCAUGCUCAACGCCAACCCGGGCACUGCAGAAAGCACUAUAGGCAGGGACCAAUUCAUGUUUCUUGAAUUACACGAGAAACUAGAACGGUUCCUCCACGCCGUUAGGGACCCAGACCUGAAAGCAUGCCUCUUCCAUGGGGUGUUUCCAGGGGAUACAGCGGGGUUUGAUCGUGCUAAGGAAGGAGUUUGCAAGCUUCUUGACAAGAUAAGGGAUCUCUGGGAAACUGAAGAAGUGCAAGAGAAUGUAGAUGAUGAUGAAGAAGAGGACGAACCACGACUGCGCCCGGUUUGGAAACUGCCCAACACAAGCCAACACCCGCUUGAUGACUUGCUCAUAUACCGAGCAGUCCUUGUUUCCUUACUGUACUCGUUAUCCAUUGACAGUAGCAACUUGCUUGAGGAGGAGUCGUAUGGACUGGUUGUUCCGAUCAUGUAA